ACCUAUGCCCGAAGUUUCAUGUUUAUUUUUGUUAAAAAGCUCGACGAAGUUUCCAGCUAGACCAUUUAAGAAAAUGUGUGUUUUCUUUAUCUGUAUCUCCCAAACUGGUGUUGCUGACAUGCUUAGUGUAGACACCACAUACCCGAACGUACUCAUUGUGAUUCCUCUGCAGCUCCUUUGAAAAAUACCAUGGUUCUGUGCUGAGCUGGAUGUCUGCCGCUUCCUUGUGCAGCGAGACAGCUCUUAGAGGGAAGAGCACAGAGAAGUCGUUAAAUCUUGAGGCAUUUGGGCUGUCAGCAUCACAGCUGUAAUGGCUAUUGAGAGGGGAAUUUAAAGAAGAAAGCAAGAUUGUGCAGGAUUAAUGAAGGAAACCAUCCUAUGGAGGACCACCAUGUUACUGAAGAUCACCUUAUCUUCUGCAAGUAGUAACACAGUGAACAGGUGAAUCCCUUCAGCCAGACAUUCCGCCAGUAGAUCUCUCUCCCGAUGGAGCACCACGGCAGGGAGGAGCUGGACUCAAAAGAGGAAAGUCCUCAGGUGUGGGCUGACUCUGCUGAGCAGGAACAGAAUGCUGCUCAGGUGCACUUUGUCCCUGAGGGAGGGGCGGUGGCACAGAUUGUGUACAGUGAUGAGCAGGACCGUCCCUCGCAGCAGGUUGUCUACACAGCGGAUGGCACCUCCUACACCUCCGUGGACACCUCAGAGCACACUCUUGUUUACAUCCAUCCCGUGGAAGCUACGCAGACUCUGUUUACAGAUCCGUCCCAAGUGGCUUACGUCCAACAGGAUGCCACUACCCAGCAGGUAACUGUGCUCUUGCCUGCUGCUGCUCAGAGCAUGAAUCCCACCAACCUGUCCGUGCUCGGCAGCGUUGCAGAUUGCCCCCAGCAAAUGGCUCUGGAGCAGGGUCCACAAGCAGAUAGAGCGUCAUUACCGGUGCAUAACCAGGUGUUACCUCCUAUGGAGGGAGUGGAUGGUUCCGAUCCUUUAGGACCUCUGCAGAAUCAAAUGGGAAGGAUGGAAACAAAAGAGGAAGAUGAUGACGAUGAAGAUGAAGACGAAGAUGGGGAAGACACUGACAUGGAUGAAUGGGAUCCAGAUCCACCUAGACCCUUUGAUCCCAAUGAUUUGUGGUGUGAAGAGUGUAAUAACGCACAUCCCUCUGUGUGCCCAAAACACGGACCUUUGCAUCCAAUCCCGAACCGGCCUGUGCUGACCAGGGCGAGAGCCAGCCUCCCCUUGGUGCUCUAUAUAGACAGGUUUUUGGGAGGCGUGUUCUCCAAAAGGCGCAUCCCAAAACGCACACAGUUUGGACCUGUGGAAGGACCCCUUGUUCGACAAACUGAACUCAAAGACUGCUACAUCCACUUGAAGGUGUCCCUUGAUAAGGGUGACAGAAAAGACAGAGAUUUGCAAGAGGAUCUGUGGUUUGAACUUUCCAGCGAGGCUCUUUGUAACUGGAUGAUGUUUGUGCGUCCAGCUCAAAACCAUUUGGAGCAGAACCUGGUUGCCUAUCAGUACGGCCACCAUAUUUAUUACACAACCAUUAAGAAUGUGGAGCCCAAGCAGGAGCUCAAGGUGUGGUACGCUGCCUCUUAUGCAGAGUUUGUGAACCAGAAGAUCCAUGACAUAUCUGAGGAGGAAAGGAAGGUUCUCAGAGAGCAAGAGAAGAACUGGCCAUGUUAUGAGUGCAAUCGUCGUUUCAUGAGCUCAGAGCAACUCCAGCAGCACCUCAACUCCCACGAUGAGAAGCUGGACUUCUUCAGCAGAACCAGAGGCCGAGGUCGCGGGCGAGGAAAGAGGAGGUUUGGACCAGGCAGACGCCCGGGGCGCCCUCCCAAAUUCAUGCGUAUGGAAGUAACCAGUGAAAAUGGGGAAAAGUGUGAAGAAGGGACACAGGACUUGCUGCAUUUUUCCAGCAAGGGGCAGUUUGAUGAGGCCGGACAAGCCACACUGAAUGGGUUGGAGCAGCAGGAACAGACUCCAGUGCCAUCAGAGACACAGUCGGCACUGGAGCAGCAGUCAGAAAAUCACCCGCUACAAAUCCAGCCGCAGCAUGAUGAGAGCACGGUGCCUACGCAGAGCACCAUGACAGCAGAUGACAUGAGGCGAGCAAAGCGUAUCAGGAACGCAGCUCUUCAGCACCUGUUCAUACGGAAAUCUUUCCGCCCGUUCAAAUGCCUCCAGUGUGGGAAGGCCUUCCGUGAAAAGGACAAACUGGAUCAGCAUUUGCGGUUUCAUGGACGGGAAGGAAACUGCCCUCUGACUUGUGACAUCUGCAACAAGGGCUUCAUCAACAGCGGCGCUCUCGAGAGCCACAUGAAAUUCCACAUGGACCAGAAAACAUACUCCUGCAUUUUCUGUCCCGAGUCCUUUGACCGCUUGGAUCUGCUUAAAGAUCACGUGGCCAUCCAUGUCAACGAUGGCUAUUUUACCUGCCCUACCUGCAAAAAACGCUUUCCGGAUUUUAUCCAGGUCAAGAAACAUGUACGCAGUUUCCAUUCAGAAAAGAUUUACCAGUGUACGGAAUGUGACAAGGCUUUCUGCCGUCCUGACAAGCUACGACUCCAUAUGUUGCGACACUCAGACCGCAAAGAUUUCCUGUGCUCCACAUGCGGCAAGCAGUUCAAGAGGAAAGACAAACUGCGAGAGCACAUGCAGAGGAUGCACAACCCAGAGAGGGAGGCCAAGAAAGCUGAUCGAAUCAGCCGCUCAAAGACUUUCAAACCUCGGAUAGCUUCCACUGACUAUGAAAGCUUCAUGUUCAAGUGCCGCCUCUGUAUGAUGGGUUUCCGCCGGAGGGGCAUGUUGGUGAAUCAUUUAUCAAAGAGACACCCAGACAUGAAAAUAGAAGAGGUGCCAGAACUCACAUUGCCCAUCAUCAAACCCAACAGAGAUUACUUCUGUCAGUACUGUGAUAAGGUGUACAAGAGUGCUAGUAAACGCAAAGCACACAUCCUGAAGAACCAUCCUGGUGCUGAGCUACCUCCAAGCAUCCGGAAACUGCGCCCUGCGGGUCCAGGAGAGCCAGAUCCCAUGCUGAGCACCCACACCCAGCUGACAGGCACUAUAGCCACUCCUCCGGUCUGCUGUCCGCACUGUUCCAAGCAGUACAGCAGCAAGACAAAGAUGGUCCAGCACAUUCGCAAGAAGCACCCAGAGUUUGCUCAACUCCCUAACACCAUCCAUGCCCCGCUAGCGACUGCGGUCAUCAGUUCCACUCCUGCCGUUCUAACCACUGACAGCACUACCGGAGAGACCGUCGUGACAACAGAUUUACUGACACAAGCGAUGACGGAGAUAUCCCAGACCCUCACAACGGACUAUCGAACUCCCCAGGGAGAUUACCAGCGAAUCCAGUACAUCCCUGUGUCGCAGUCCACAACCGGCUUGCAGCAGCCCCAGCACAUACAGCUGCAGGUCGUUCAAGUGGCCCAGGCUACCUCACCUCAUCAGUCCCAGCACUCCACAGUGGACGUUGGGCAGCUGCAUGACCCCCAGACGUACACCCAACAUGCCAUCCAGGUGCAGCACAUCCAGGUCACGGAGCCAUCGCCAGCAGCUCAGCCGUCUUCGCAGGUGGGGGCUCAGCCUUUGAGUCCCUCCUCACAACAACCUCAGCAGGAACUCAGCCCCUCGCAGAUGCAGACAAAUACAUCUACACCAAACCAAGCCCUCCAGCAGCAGCAGCAAGGGGCUCCAGUUCAGCACACGUAUCUUCCCAGCACAUGGAACUCAUUUCGGAGUUACUCAUCCGAGAUUCAGAUGAUGACCAUUCCCCAAGGCCAGUACGUGAUCACAGAGACCGCUGUGGGUACACCGGUCACCACUGUCAACACAGGGCAAGUGAAAGCGGUUACUCAGACUCACUACGUGAUAUCUGAAGGUCAGCCUGAUCUGGACAUCAAACAAAACUCUUCACUCUCCAGCGAGGUACCGGUUGGCGUUUCCCAGCCACCAGCCCACACGGAUACUUUGGAAUCGCAAACGAGCAAUCAGCAGCAAACCACCCAGUACAUAAUCACUACAACCACCAAUGGGAACGGUGGCAGUGAAGUGCACAUCACUAAACCAAGAACUUUCUCCGCAGAACACGAAUGAAGAAGCCUCGUGAUGUCACUUGCUUGUACUUGUCUCUUCCCCGCAAAAGCCCAGAUGCGCGGCUACCCAGGAGCUCAGUUUGUUUUAAAGUAAAGGCUCACUUAAAUUCAACUAAAAUCUUGGAGCUCUUGUUAAUGCUUUAAGUGGGUUUAAGUCCCCAGUGACCAUGAAGUACACUCAAAAUCCUUCUUGGCGUGCCAUUUUAUGCAGCUUUGAACGAAAAGAACGAGAGGAGAAGUGAAACUUCUGCUUGCUCUGAACUUAAUUUUUGGCAUGUCUGCUGACCCUUAUUUUUCCUUUUUGGAAGUGUCUCCAGUAAACAACUUCUUAUUUCAAUUGUAUGGGGGCAAGCUUGCCUGCCUGAAGGUGAACUGGCAGACUAGGUUGUGUGUAUAUUUUUAACAGGAGCUGUUCAACAGGAAAACGUUGUGUAAAUUGCCAGAACGUGGCAUAACUGCUUCUGGGGGUCUUGGUUUCAGCAGCCGAGGUGAAAGGGCAUAAACCAGCUCAAUGCAAGCAGACUGCCUGGAGUAACAGAGCAGGAGCGAAGCAGUGGCUCCUGCCUACGUGUGCAGGGAUGGACAUAACAAUGAAGCUGUGAAGAUGUGCCGAAGCAGUCCAUUAAAUUAUUAUUUUUCCAACCCUUGGGAAGUGUUUACAUGCUGUCUGCCCUGCCCUAUUUUACCAAGCAGUUCCAGAAAGGAGAGAUAGUGCAGUCUUAAACCCGUGUUGUUUGGAAUAAACUGAUCAAAGUCACGGUAGCACGUGACCAUGGAAUGGAGAUGCUGUUAUCCCUUUUCCCCCUCCAGUGGUUGCAGGGAAAAUGACCUUUUUGCCUGUAAACACAGUUUAGCCUGCAUAGCCUGUGAUCUAAAGAGUUGUGCCAGGAGAAAGUAAGGGUACAGGAGCGCACCUUGGGGAAGAUGCAGGGUAGUCGUCUCUGCCACCUCAAAGUGGAUGUGUUUCCCCCUUGAAGACUGGAUGGAGAGUUGUUACUGUGAUUUCCAGACUGGAUGGAGAGUUGUUAUUCUGAUUUCCAAAUACCUUGUUAACAAUGCACUGUAAUUCCUUUGGAUAGUUCCUUGUGGGACAGAUGAGGAACAUGCUCGUGGACCACUGUUUAUGGGACGCAGAAAGCUGUCUGUGAGGGUUGCCUGCUUGGUCGACCUGGUCUGUGGACAGAUUUUGUGUUACUUUUAGGGACCAGGAGAAGGGGGAAAAAGAAGGUUUAUCUUUUCAGGCAGUAUAUUUUUUUCUUUUCUUAAAUAAUUCUUCUUCACGAGUCUGGUUGGUUAUUUAAUAUAUUCUGGUACCUGCAAGAAUACGACCACAACUCCAUUGCCUCCCGACGGGAUAUACUAUGUAUGUCUAAUCCUCCUUUCUCUCUGCUUGAAAACUCAUCCCAGAAUGUCUAUGCAUACCAGGAUACAUUUAUUUAUAAAACAAAGCAAAGAAGGACGUAUUCUCUUAAUGGCCCCUGAGACUGAAAAACUGGAAGAGGUUUUUUUGAUUCAUUCUCUCUUGUGCUGCUUGUCUGAAUGCAGGACUAUUUGCACAAAUCCUCCCACAGACUGAGAUGAGGGUUAACUGGGUGAGUAAAUGCUACAGAUUUUAUAGGUUGUGGUAUCAGGCCUUAUGGAGCUCUUAGGCGUGAGAGAACUUCACACUUGGACUGGACAAGAAGAAGUCUGGAUCCUUGAAAGCAAAGCCUUGUGUUGCUUUGGUAAUUAACAUAUCUGCUAAUACGAUGUGGAAAUAGUCACUGUGCGUGGUAAAAUAAACCAGACUGAAAAGAGCAGCCAGCUCAGAACUGUUUUCAGGUGGCUUUGAAGUGACUUGCCAAAAAGUGGAUGAACGUGUUGCUGGGAUUUGGCUUCUCGAGGUGUACUGGGGCAUUCACGAGGUGGGUCAGUUAAUGAGGACCAGAGCUCCUGUUUAGUGAUGAGUGUCUUUCAAUUCAGUGGAUUUGGGAGCCCAUUGACUUCAGCAGUGCUGCCAUGCAGUUCCCACCAAUUCCCUUCAAGUCAUGUUGCUGACAGCAAAUCAAUUACGACGUCGGGUGCUGUCACGCUUUUGGUGUUAGAGAAGAGAAGGGAGAUUUGUCUUGGCCAUCUUCAGGCUGCUGGAGGGUUUGAUAGUAAGUCAAAAAUUGUAUGAGCAAUAGGAAACAGGAGACUUGGAAACAGGAUAUUCCAGGUGGAUGCUGCCCUACAGGAGCGAGGUUUAAAGUCUUAAAAGGCCUGCAGCCUGUCUAGAUGAACAUCAAGAUUUUUCCCCUUUAAUGAUAUUGCAGAUACGGGGUUUAAAAAUAGAAUCAUAGAAUCACAGAAUCAUAGAAUGGUUUGGGUUGGAAGGGACCUUAAAGCCAAUCCAGUUCCACCCCCUGCCAUGGGCAGGGACACCUCCCAUUGGAUCAGGAGCUCCAAGCCCCAUCCAACCUGGCCUGGAACCCCUCCAGGGAUGGGGCAGCCACAACUUCCCUGGGCACCCUGAGCCAGGGCCUCCCCACUCUCAUGGGGAAGAAGUUCUUCCUUAUGUCCAGUCUAAAUCUGCCCCUCUCCAGUUUGUACCCAUUGCCCCAUGUCCUAUCACUCCAGGCCUCUGUAAACAGUCCCUCUCCAGCUUUCCUGUAGCCCCUUCAGGUACUGGAAGGUCACUAUAAGGUCUCCCUGGAGCCUUCUCUUCUCCAGGCUGAACAACCCCAACUCUCUCAGCCUGUCCUCAUAUGGGAGGUGCUCCAUCCCUCCGAUCAUCUUUGUAGCCUCUUCUGGACCUGUUCCAACAGCUCCAUCUCCUUCUUACGUUGAAGAUUCCAGAACUGGACACAGGAUUCCAGCUGAGGUCUCCCAAGAGAGGAAUAGAGGGGCAGAAUCCCCUCCCUCCCUGCUGGCCACGCUGCUUUGGAUGCAGCCCAGGACAUGGUUGGUUUCUGGGCUGUGAGUGCACGUUGCCGGCUCAUGUCGAGCUUCUCAUUGACCAGCACCCCAAGUCCUUCUCUGCAGGGCAGCUCUCAAUCGCAUCAUCCCCCAUCAUGUACUGAAACCAGGGAUUGCCCCGACCCAGGCGCAAGACCUCGCCCUCAGCCUUGUUGAACCUCAUGAGGUUCUCACAGCCCCUUCUCCAGCCUGUCUAGGUCCCUCUGGAUGACAUCCCAUCCUUCUGGCGUGACACCUGCCCCGCACAGCUUGGUGCCACCUGAAAACUUGCUGAGGGUGCCCUCGAUCUCGCCGUCUAUAGCAUCGAUGAAGAUAUUAAACAGCAAAUAGUUUGUUCCAUUCACCUUUGAUGGGAAAGAUCACAGGAUGGACACUUGUCCUGAUUAAAGCUGGACACCAUCAAGGUGUUCUGGGAAAUGAUGACCUCUUGGAACUGAAAUCUUCCUUAUUGAUGUUUCUUCUCCGUCUCGUGUGAACGACACUGUCUGAGUUUAUCAAAUGCCUCGGUGUGAGAGCAGCAUCCGUGGGAAUCACCUUCCCAAGCAAGGAACAGCAAUCGCACGAAACCGAGGCAAGUUUGCAUGGAUUUUCCCUGUUUCUGCAGUGCAGAAGGCGUAGGAUUCGCUGUCGUUGAUGUUUCUCAACCCAAAGAUCUGUCCCUGAGGAGCGUCCCCAGCUCAGCCCUGGCUGCCACAAGGGCCUCGUUGGGGCUCCUGGGCGGCCUCUGGGCCGGGAAUCAGCAGAGCGCACCCUCGCCCCAUCCCGCUGUGCCCGUGUGUCUGUGCCGUCACCGUGUUCAUCGUGUACAAACGGGAACAAUAA